AUGGAUGACUCAGAGCACAUCGAAAGUGUCACAGACCUAAUGGAGAAGUCCAGAUUCACUGUGCACUUGAGAGUGUUAUUAAUCCAGUUGAAUUUUCUGCUGAAUGCUUUGCAGAAAUACAUGAACAUCAUCUAUUCGACAUUGCCGAGUUUUCAUCAAAAAGACAAGACGAUUGCAUUGUCGAGUGAAGGUGUCUACCAUCUAAAGUAUGACGAUGUUGAGAUUCCUGGCCACCACCUUGAGCAUAAAGAUUCGUACCCGGACUUCAUCACGAUAGCGCGAUUUUCCCCAACAGUUCAUCUUUGCUGUGGAAACUCUUUUUGCUUUCGGCAAAUCACCUUCAUUGGCCACGACCACGACGGCUUCAAACGGCCGCUCUCUCGGUUUGUGAGCCAUGCCUUGAGUUCUGAUGGAUAUUCGGAUGAAGGAAAGUCGGAGAAGGAUUCUAACAUUCCACAUCCCGAUUGCACUGCCCAUGACGCCCUCGCUAAGACCGCUCGAGGAUGA